AUGGGCAUUUGUGCGUCAUGCCUCGGGCGGGGAAACAAGGACGUCUAUGACGAGGACGAGGAAUCGCGACUUCUCUACGACGAUCCAAACAAUGUGCACUACGGCAGCUUCGGAGAGCAGAGUGUCAAUGGACAGGAGGACCCGAUGGAGGUGCAGCGAGAGACUGAGGCUCUGCAGCGAGUCGUAGCGAAAACGUCCGACAAUAUGGUCGACAUCUUCGAGAUUGCCCCGCAGGAUCACGCACAUCGCUCUGCGCCGACUACAUUUGCGUAUGCAGGGCAAGAAGCCCGCAUCGUGCGGUACCAGCAUCUCCUUUCAAAGCUGGCGUCCAAGGACGACGCCCCAACCGGUGUUCAAGUGGAUUGGCUUCCCCAGGAAGAUGACACCAUCGAAAUGCGACACGGCGUACCAGCAGUCAAGACCGAGUUGGACAAGCCCCUUGUCGGUACAUUCGCCGAUGCAGCAGCGGCAAUGGCUUGA